AUGGAACUUCGCCAGAGACCUCGGCCUUACGAGUCCGCCCAGGACGUCCGAGAGCCAGAGCUGCGCGAGAUGGAGGAAGGACUCGGUACUAGGCACGGCAAGGCAGCCUCGGGCACUCUUUGCAACCCGCACGACUCUGGCGAUACGACGGGCGACGACGCGUCACCACCCUUUCCCCUGAAAGUCUUUAGAAGGCGCGACUUCAAAGUGCUGGAGAUAGAAGGGGAUUGGGACGACGAAAAGCUCCUUACUGCGCUGAAGAAAACUUACGACCAGUUGCGGGGGUGGAGGAAGUACUUCGGGCUCAUGGACAUUGCUUAUCUUACACCGGUCCUGGCCGAGUCUUUCAUCUACCCUCAGCGCGUAGGCACCCCCUGGAUCUCCUCUCAUAAGAACAUGCGCAUGUGCUACCUCCUUCAGAACCCGGCCUACCUACAUGGAGAGCGGCAAGUGAUGGCUGCGCUCACUCAACGCAUCGAUCUUGGGGUCGAAUUCGUCGAGCGCUGGAAGACCCGUCGCCUCCUGGGUGUUGCAGGACUCUGCGCCAUCCUCGCAUACCUGACCAUGGUGGUCUGGGGCGUGCAAACUAGCGACUGGGCCACCGCAUCUCAGAUUGGCCAAUUCCAUUUGGCUAUGUUCUCGUUGCUCUUCAUCGCGGUCGCCUGGUCCCAGAACCACGAUUUCUGA